AUGGCUUGCCACCUUAGAUCCGCGAGCGUGCCUUCCAGCCCUCGCUCUAACAAAGCCAACAUCGAUGAACAGCUGCAGAGCCUGAAGGCAACCAUCUCCUCACCUUCAGUGGCCAUUGAAACCAUGGUUGAUGGUCUCAACAAGAUCGUGAGCGUCUACAGCUGCAUUGACGAGCUCACAUCCUUGCCCAGCAACCAACGUCAGCAGAGGAAGGCAGUGGAGGAGGAACUCGAGCGCUCCCUUGUCCUGCUUGACCUCUGCAACGCCAUGCAAGAGAACUUUGCAGAGCUCAAGGUCAGCGUCCAGGAGAUGCAGCUGGUUCUCAAGAGGGGAGACCACGUGGCUCUUCAGGCCAAGGUUCAGUCUUACGCCCGCUUGACCAAGAAGGCACAGAAGCAGUUCAAGAAGAUCAACAGCAAGGCUGCUUCUGACAUUGAAGGAUGCAGGGUAGUCAUGUUGUUGGCUGUGUUAGAAGUAGAAUGA